AUGAAAUUUCAAAAGUUCUUACUAAUUGGCCUAGCAGCUGGCAUUUUAGUGGGAGCAAUAAACUGGGCCAUUCUCUCGAAGCGCGAAAUUCAAGAUGAUCCUAGAACAAUCCCAAUAAAGAAGGCGUUGAUCCUCCCACGAGUCGUGCUGAGUUCCGAAUUUGUGAGUCUGAUUGACACCAACUACAGCAACUUGAAGGACUUUGCGGAUCAUGCGUAUCCAGGAUGGGACCAGAGCACGGACCAGCUGAAGAAGUUAGCUCUGUUCGCAAUAAAGCUUCUGGAUUUCUGGGUGACUUACGGACGGAAAAAAUCACGGAAUUAUCCGGAGAUAGCCGAGUCAGUGGUAACUCAGGUUGUCGGGAAGCUGAAGCAAUCUGACAUGUCGAAGGUCCCGUGGGGGGACAACUGGUAUAUCUUUUCCGCGUUAGUCACACGGAUGCUGGUGAUGUACGAGUACGUUGGAGAUAAACCGGAUUUGAAGCGGGCGUGUCAUGACCAGGUGGUCAGAAUCAUCCCUAGUGUCGGAACCACGCACGAGCUUCCGGAUUCGGAAGACUACGACACGUUGAACAUCUACUUUACGGCGGUUCCACGACUGUGCUCCAACUUCAUGUUCGAUUUUAACGCCUACAACGUUGACAUCAAGACUCCUGCUUUCAUCAAAGUUCAGAAAUUCCUCAGCUUUGAGGAAGUAAAGGUCGACGAGCCAAAGAGCGGCGUUUACCGAGAUCUUUCUUGGCUCCACUUCACUAACGUAGCGACCUACGAACUCCUGUUUGGACUGUUCAACUUCCACGAGCGAGCUUAUACUGCUCUAGGUCACACCAACCGAAUCCGUGAGCUAGCAGAGGCAAUAAUUCCCAAAAUUCUGCACCCACAGAUCCCUUACCGGCCACUCGGGCUCUCUGGACGAAACUGCGUCAUCUUCAAUAGGACCAACUACUGGGACGUGGUCCCUAACAGCUUUGGAGUCCACAUCAUGCCUUUUAUCGGGUUUGGAGUCUUCAAAACUCCCGACUUCCUUUUCUACGUCCGUGUUCAAAGACCUGGGAUUGCAGCUUACGUCACAAAUUCCUUUGAUACGGAGAAGAUAUUCGCGCUGGCUUGGAUCCAGCUGCCCAAAAUCUACUUAAGGAACUACAAGAGCUUCACAGACUAUGACGCUACGCUCACUGCUAAGUCGUUGAUGGAAUCUCCAGGACUCUUGCUGAUCAAAGAUGAGGAUUACUCAAAAAACGUUCUGUCGUCCAGUAAUGAAAAGCUGAUAGCCUAUCACGCCGAUGAUGGGUCCAUUGAUUCCUUCAUUGGAACCAUAAGAAGUUCCAAGGACAGGGAUGUUCUCUUUUGGAAGAACAAGUAUAAAUUCAGCAAAGUCUACCGCGACUGCACCAUUACUGACAUUGGCAUAGUCUGGGACACUACCAUUUCACUUCGGUUGGAGGUUCAUAAUCAGAGUAGCAAAGAAUUGGCCUUCAGAGUUAAGAAAUCGGGGCAUUAUCUUUAUUAUAAUAUUUAUUUUCUUAAUUAUUAUGACAUAAAGUAUUAUGUAGUUGACAAUGUUGUUAAAAUUCCUGUGGGAGCCAAGACAGUAAUAGAGUGGGCGGUCGGGAUCCAGGAAGAUAAUAGAGGUAAAAUAACAUGCUCUGAUAGGAAGGUCAAAUUUAGAACUGAUUGUGUUACUUUCGAGGUACAGACUGUUGAACGCAACGGAACCUUCGUGGUUAGAAAUGAGACCAAUCAUAUCAUCGCCGGUGGAAGCUCCAGCAGCAACCCGGAGCACUCUUUUGAGUUUGACAAUGUUACAUUUGUCAGGAAUAAGGACAAUUUUAUGUACUAUCCUAGUGAGACUCAUUGA